UGCUACUAUCCAGCAGCAUUACAGUUUCCUUUUACUUCAUAAUUUACUUCUGGUUAGAUAUCAAAAAUGAUUGGUAAAGGAUAUGCCUCCAGUAAGUCAGACCAGAACCAGAUUGAAGCAGUAGCAAACUGCCUUGUUUUGGGUGCAUGCUGUCAUAACAAAACUUUAGGGAUUGUAACUUAAUGUUUGUGGAAGAGCUGGGGCUAGAAUUGUCUGGUUUUGCCAGUGUCACUUGUCUAUUCACUGAUUCAUUCUGUUGUUCGCUCAGUAAAAGUAAUGCAAGCUAAACAGAAGAAAGCUAGAAGAGCUGAGCAUUCCUGAGCAGCAGCGCGUCAUCUGUCCUAUUUCUCAGUAGUAGAUUUGUGGAUAGGUACAAGUUGUGUGAGAUUUGUACCUUUACAAAAUGGACACGUGUCAUCAUCCCUUCUUCAAGCAGGGUGCAUCGGAGUGGAGUGCUCUACACAAGCACACUCAUGACCAUUCGUCGGAACACCCUGGAUCACAUCAUAAGAUGCUCUUUUGGCAUUCGCAACCCGAACAAUAUCAUCAAUACGCCAGUAGCAACAGCUAUCUCCGUGAUGUCUUGGCACUACCCAUCUUCAAGCAAGAAGAUUCAAACCUCCCUCCUGAGCAUGAAACGAAGCAUCCACCAUUCCAGUAUGUGCUGUAUGCAGCCACAUCCCCUGCUGUUAAACUACAUGAUGAAACUCUCACCUACUUGAACCAAGGUCAAUCUUAUGAAGUCCGAAUGCUAGAUAAUCGUAAAAUAGGAGAUUUACCAGAAAUAAGUGGAAAAAUGGUCAAGAGUAUAGUGAGAGUUGUAUUCCAUGAUCGUAGACUACAAUACACUGAGCAUCAGCAACUGGAAGGUUGGAAAUGGAACCGGCCCGGAGAUAGACUCCUUGAUUUAGAUAUUCCGAUGUCUGUUGGAAUUAUAGACCCUAGAACUAAUCCAGCACAACUGAACACAAUUGAAUUUCUAUGGGAUCCAGCAAAACGCACCUCUGCUUUUAUUCAGGUACAUUGUAUUAGCACAGAAUUUACUCCAAGAAAACAUGGGGGCGAGAAGGGGGUUCCAUUCAGGAUUCAGAUCGACACAUUCAAGCAAAAUGAAACAGGAGAAUAUACAGACCACCUUCAUUCAGCCAGCUGCCAAAUUAAAGUUUUCAAGCCCAAAGGUGCGGACAGGAAACAGAAAACUGAUAGAGAAAAAAUGGAGAAGCGAACACCUCAAGAGAAAGAAAAAUAUCAACCUUCGUAUGAAACAACAAUCCUAACUGAGAUGAGACUUGAGCCUAUUAUUGAAGAUGCACUUGAACAUGAGCAGAAAAAGUCCACCAAGCGGACUUUGCCAGCAGACUGCGGUGAUUCUCUGGCAAAGCGAGGCAGUUGCUCUCCUUGGCCGGACAAUGCCUACGUAAACAACAGUCCUUCUACUACUCCGGCAUUUACUUCGGGACAAGUCAGUACUUACAGUGUUCCUGACAGUAACUCUUCUUCACCAAAUCAUCAAGGAGAAGGGACACCACAAUAUGUAGUGGAGCAACUAUGUCCAGCAGCUACAAUACAGGAGGCCCAGCAAUGGUUGCACAAGAAUAGAUUCUCGACAUACGCGAGGUUAUUCUCAAAUUUCUCAGGUUCUGAUUUACUGAAGUUGACACGCGAUGAUCUUGUCCAGAUCUGUGGCUCAGCUGAUGGGAUUAGAUUGUUUAAUGCACUCAAAGCAAGGUCUGUUAGACCAAGGUUAACCAUCUAUGUUUGCCAAGAAUCGCAGCAUGGAAGAAGUAUUUCACAGCUGACUAGCUCACAAGAUAAUGAAAAUGGAGAGGGAGACAGUCGUGCAAUAUAUGUAUAUCAUGCCAUCUACCUGGAAGAACUAACAACAGCAGAACUUGCCAAAAAGAUUGCUGCUAUCUUUAGUAUAUCCCAAAAUCAGAUAAACCAGGUGUACAGACAGGGUCCUACAGGUAUUCAUGUUCUCGUCAGUGAUCAGAUGGUUCACAACCUCCAAGAUGAAAGUUGCUUUGUAAUCAGUACGAUAAAAGCUGAAAAUAGCGAAGGCUACCAUGUCAUUUUGAAGUAACCUGUCCCAUUUAGCAGUUAAGCUGGACUACAUUUUUGCAUAUAGAAGAUAUCUUUAUUAUGACAAAGGACAUUGAGCAAAUUCAUCUAAAUGUUAGAAUCUGACUUCACUGUACAAAAUGUUUCAUAUUGAAAACACAGCUUGACUGUUCAGUUACUUUACUGUGAGUUUGAAAUUUCUGGAAAUAUCACUGCCACCAAUCUGCACCCUCCUUGCAUGUGUAGGAUGCAGCAAGCUUGAGGGUAGACCUGAACGUCCAGAAAUUAUGGUUCAAAGUGGUCUUCAUAAAUAUGACGAGGAGGAAAAUGGCCAGUAGAUCCAGAUUUGCACAAUAAUAGUCUCAUUUUGAAGCAGUUUUGCUUCACCUUAACUGUCUAGUUUCUUGAUUAUUGGUUUUGAAAUUGUUGAGGUAUGCCAUGUUUUUUUUAAAUGUUUGCCUUUUACUUUAUGCUGAAAUGCAUUUUACUGCCUUCUCAAGAUACUAGUUUCACUCUAUAGAACUGUAUCUGCAAGAUCAUAUAGUGCAGUUGCUAAUUUGCAUUCUAAAAGAGAAAAACUAUAUAAAAAUGUUGUGAUUUCAAUUCCUGUCUCGAAUCAGGACAUUGUUUAAUUUAAAGUUGCAGCUUGCACAUUAAAUAUAUUUUUUCCUGCUUCCUUUAAGGUCACAUGGCUUUUUAUAUAUAAAAACUGAUCUUAUUUGUUUUGAACAUCGUAAUUUUUAUUGUUUGAGUUCAGUGUCAAACCUUUUAUCUGUAGAUAAACAGCAGUUGUGAAUAAAGCAAGGAGAUUCUCAGUUUUGUUUGUAAAUCAUAAUUGCUGUUAGAUCAGAGGAAAGGUAUGUUCUGCAUUAUUAAAAACAAAUUUGUAAAUUCCAUUAAUCAAAUCCUAUGCUUUUGAAAGCUGUAUUUAAAAACAAGUUGUGUCCAAUGAUUCUCCAAGUCAUAAUUGUGCCUAUGUGACCAAAUCUCACUGCACUGAUACGUUAAUAAAAUCAAGUUGCUUACUUUUAAGAUGUUUUCAUGGGAUUACAAUGAAUUAGUUGGCAAAUGAGAAUUUUCAGCUCAAUACUAUGUAUACAAGUCAAGGAAGGAGCUCUUGUGGCACAGUGAUUAUGUACCUGCCUCUGGAGCAUGAGGUUAGGGUUCAAGUCCCACCUGCCAUGAUUGUGUCACAAAAUUUCCAAACUGAUGAAAAAUGAUUGGAAGUUACCAAAGGUAAAAAUAAACUUGUUAGUUUGGCUGUUCACUUCAACUUG